AUCACCUACAAUAUCAAAGAAACCAAAACAAAUUAGAGAGGUUGUAGUUAAACCAUCCAACAUGAACAUAUUACUUAAUGUCACUAUUAUAUACUUGUAGACUCUCAGGGAAACAUGGGCACUAUCUCCGAAAGAUCUGACUGAAUUUUGCAGUCUAACCCAGCGAACAAAAGUUUAUGAGCAGUCACGAGAUAAAGUAUAAAUCCGAGUCCAUUGCGUGAAGAGUUUUAAGUAUUGGUGUACUUCAGUAGUUAGCACACAAAUUAAACAAUUACAGAGAGUGUAUUCAGUACAGAUCAUUCUCCCAUACAUACUUCUUAGAGAAUUCACACGCCUUAUUAUUACCCAAGUAUUUAUGAUAAUAUAGCAGUUAUAAUAUUGAAUAUCAAUAAAACGCGUCUAUGGCUCAGUCUUUGCUAGAGGUAGACAAUAAGCAAGUGCGAUAUCUGCAUCUCAAAACAGGUAUACCAAGUCUAGAUGAAGUGUUUAUACAUGCAAAUUUGGGAAUUAGAAAUAGAAUUCAUGAUUUCCAAUCUACUGCUGGAUCAACAGCUUCAUAUACUAUCACUAUAUCAUUAAUUGUAUCACAUUUACAAACUUCUACUCAAAAUAAAAUCAUUAUAAUUGAUACCUUAUCUAGGUUCCCAUUUCGACUUCUAACAGAUCAUCCUCAUUAUGAUUCAACAUGGAUUGAAAAUAAUCAAAUAAUAGGUUAUACAUGUGAUACAUUUGCAAAAUUAUUAUCUAUGUUCACUAUCGGAAAAUUACAAUCACAAGUAGUAAAUAAUUCAACUUUAAUAAUAAUUAAUGAUUUUCAUGAAACUGUGGAUUUAUAUAAAUAUGAAUUGUCAUCUAUUUAUGAAGAGUAUCUUUUAAAGAAUCAUAUUGAAAUUUAUGAAACUAUUGUCAGUAAUAAAGAACAGGUUCAAUUAUCUGGUACCAAAUCACCACUACCAGAAAUACCCUACCAUUCAGAUUUAUUGACUACAAAUAUUAUUACUAAAUUUGAAUCUCAUUUAUUUGGAUUAUUAAAUUCCAUAUCAUCAUUUUGCUUUCGAUUUGGACUGUUAUGUAUUUUAUUGGGACAUUUAGAUUCAAAAUAUGAGAAUUAUAGACCAAACAUUGUCACUUCAACCCAAUCAUUCAAUAGCUCUCAAUCUAUACCGUCUAGUAUUCCAUUAACAAAUAGUAAUGAAGGGUCGAAUUUUGAUCGAUCGUUUACUAAGAGUCUUAGUAGUGGAGGAGAUCGUGGUAGAAUUAUACUUUCUCCAUUUAUGAGUACUGUACAAACAGUAAGUAAUGGACGAAAUCAAAAAUCUUUUGAUGCAUUUAUAAGUAUGCGACUAAUUUUUUAUAAAGACUGGUAUCAUAAAUCAGAAGAGUUUAUUAAGAAUUGUCCCAACCUUAAUGAUGCUUCCCAAAUUACUCUUCAAAAGGCUCAAGUACGAUUCAUUCAUGCUGUGAAAAUAAUUUAUUUGAAUUCAUUAGAGAAAAAUUCACCUACAAUAUAUUUUGAUUAUGAUAGUAUAUAUUAUCAUUUGGAUGAUGAUUAUUAUGAAGAUAAUUUUGGUGUAAACUUUACAUUAUUGGAUCUUUCUGAACAUACAGGUAAUAUUUGGAGAGCUAAAAAUGUAGAAGAUCAAGAAAAAUUUGCAUCUCGGGAAUCUUCUAGAUUGAAUUCGGAUAUUUCAAGAACUCCUAGUACUCCUAUUCCUAUUCCAGUGAAUCAAACAAUUCCAUCAUCUCCAGAAAUUCUAGAUAAUCAUCUGAUUCAAGAAACUGAGACAGAACUUAUUAAUUCUUAUGCUUCAAAUAGGAUAAAUGUAAUUUCAGAAAAUAUCACCCAUGAUGAUGAACUGAUUGUUGAAGAAUCAGAAGAUGAGCUUAUGGGAUCAGUAUUACUUACGGCUACUACUCAUUAAAUGACACCAUAUAUAAAUGACUAUUUCGCAGCCUAAACCGAAAUGCAAAAAUAUCCGGCAUACAAGUCCCCCAAAAAAAUUGCGGGCUCAUCUCUAGCAUUUUUUUCACUUAGACUAUAAAGAUAUAGAAUAGUAGUUUAAUUAGGAUAA